AAAAAAAUCCAAAAUUCUUCUUAAAUUCCCGCUUUUUUUAACGCGUAACAAACGAAUUCAACAAUUGAUGUUGUUGUUGUUGCGUAGUUUUGCUCUUGGACGAAGAGUGCGAUUUGGAAAGCGAUUCGAAGAUGUUUUUUGAUGGUAGAGAGUAUCGACCCCUGCCCCAUCCUCCUGGGGAGGGAUUGGAUGUGGAUGUGCGAAGAUUCGUCAGUCCACAAAAUUUGGAUUAUGUUAAGUUUCGAGGCAGAAAGUUGAAGAAAGGCCUCUCGAAGCAGUACGAACCCUCGACCGGUGCUUUCGAAGGUUUGGACGUUUUUGAAAAUAACAUCAAGCCUGCUUAUAGAAAAGCUGUGAUGAAGGUUCGACCAAUCUGUCAGACGGCCUGCCAACGUUUUAACAGUGAGAGAUUGGUCGAAGAUGUGGAGGAUGAAGGAGUGAACAAUAGAGAGAGCGUGAUUCCUCCACGAAGCACCAAAGAGAACGAAGACCCGGCAGAGCACGAAGAUUGCGUGCAAGAUAAUCCUGGCCAUUCCAGGGAUAGAAAUACAUUGAAGAAAGUCGGGUCGUUCUUUAAGAGCAUGUGGAAACCCGUUAAGAGAUCCGUGCAGAAGGUGUGUAAAAUGGCCAGAAGUGGAGAAUGCGAGUACGUUCGGUUCGAGUAAGGAUCUCUUUGCUUCCAUCUGUCAAAUUCGACAAUA